UAGUGGCAGCCACAAAUCCCAUGGUAUAAACAAAACUAUAAUUACAAGUACUUUUUAGUUACUUUGACAGACGAAAGGCAUCCGAUUGGAAGUCAAAAUUCGAAACCUACAGUUUAACAUGCGAAGAGAAGAUUGACUUGGACCAGAGGAUUCGAAAGAGGAGCAAAAUGGAGUGGGCUGCGAAGGACACACAUCUGCGAGGCAUUCCUCGCAGAAUAGUGAUGAGUGCAGGUGGUGCAUUUACCAAGCUCGUUACAUCCUUCCUCAACAACACCCAAGUGCACAAUAAAGACACCCUUCUUCACCUCAUCAAAUCCAGGCCUUCUGGCACUCCUCUUAUUACAGUUAGUAAUCACAUGUCCACGUUGGAUGAUCCACUUAUGUGGGGGUUUAAGGGUUCACCUGUUAUGGACUGGAAGAGAGCUCGCUGGACUCUUACAGCAGAGGACAUCUGUUUCACAAAUCCCUUGCUUUCAUACUUCUUUCGACUUGGAAAAUGCAUCCCUAUUACAAGAGGUGCUGGUAUCUACCAGACAAAUAUGAAUGAGGCUCUUGAUCGCAUAAAUGAGGGAGAAUGGCUGCACACAUUUCCUGAAGGAAAGAUCUCACAAGAAAGAGGACCCAUACGGAGACUUAAGUGGGGAACUGCCAGCCUUAUUGUGCGUGCUUCUGUUACACCAAUUGUUCUGCCAAUUGCACAUAGUGGGUUUGAAAAGAUUGAUCGUGAUCCAUAUGUUUUGCUAUUAAGAUAAGCUAGUUCCAGAUGAUUGUGAUUACAACUUGGAGCUGUCAGAGAAGGUGAAUACACAAAAGAAAAUAAGUCUGAGAGUGUCUUUUUAGAAUGCUAACAUUAUCAGAUAGCAAGCAGAUUUGAGGAAGGCACAUUUAUUUAAGCAAAGAGAAAACUCAUUGCAUCCAAUCAGGAGUUAGCAAACCACAUAUGUCAAGGGUUGAGAGAUGAGUAGUCAAUGCUCAAGAUAUAAGGUGGCGAUCUUCACAUCAGCAGGAAAGGAAACGCUUAACACUUCCAAGUUAGUGUCUAGUGAUUUAAGAAAGAAAAGCGAUAGAUAAAGGCACACAAUGAAGAUAUGUUUGCAUUCAAUAAAUCAUGCCAGUAAAGAUAGGGAAUCUCUUGGAAAAGACAAAUGAAGGAUAUCCAAUCAGCUAUGGUCGAAUUCAAGAAAUCUUGCCUAAGACAAAGUCAGAUUAUUUAGUGCACUUUUUGAAUGAGUCUUGUAUCUGUUCAAUGUGCAGCCAAUUCAUGAAAAUUGUACCUGGUAGAAGUGAACAAAUCAGCUUGUAAUAUCUGGAAAUUGGACAUUGUUGGCUUGAAUUGCACCCUAGAUAUUAAAUUGUGCCCAGCAAAAUGACACUCUGUUUUUCUGCCAACCCUAAAAUAACAAUUUAACAAGUAAACUGCACCCAAGAAAAUCGUGAUUUGAGUAAAAUUGUGUCAGUUUCAAGGGUAAUUCCAAAUGCCUCUUUUAAAGGUUAUUUCACAAUAUAAGCAU